GGGUGCUAGUCAGAGUGGUCGGAGUGAGGAAAGAGCAAAUGUCCGCCAAGGGCAGCAGCGCCAUGAUUGGCAGGCACCACAGCCUCAGCAGUGGCAACCGCAGCAGCCGCCGCAGCAGCAGCAGCAGCAACAGCAGCAGCAGUGGCAACAGCCCCCGCCGCAGAUGCAGGUGCCGCAGCAGUUCUGGUCACAGGGAGGGGGGUAUGACGAGGGUCCUCACGGGGGCAAGGUUUACUGCGACCGGCAAGGCAACUUCCACACUGGAAGGUGGACGAUAACGUUCCGCGAGAAGAUAGACAAGGUCUUUGCGGACACGUCGAAGAAGAUGGAUGAAGGGUCGACGGGUAAGAAAGCGUUGACAUUCUUGACUUCGGCGUUGUGGAGGGUGGUGAGUUCAUCGUCACCCGAGAAGUUGGUGUACGACUUGCAGACGUGUGCAGUACCUACUGGAACGCCGUAUAGCGAGUACUUGACUACAUUGCAGGGGUUGGUGCACAAUGUUCGGAACCUGGGAGUUGUGACGCCGCAGGACAACACAAUUCAACUGGCAGUCAGAGAGAGUGUGUCUGAUCAAUACAGUGUUUUGACCGCUUCCAUGUUCAAGGGCAAGGAGUUGUGCGUUGUGGCGUUCGAUAACAUCGACACCUUGAUGCAUGAGUUGCGAAAUUUCGAGGCGGUGAAGGGGGGGGCAACGACUCCGACGCGGAGGAUGGCUCAGGUAAAGAGCUCCUCGGGGUGGAGGCAGGGACAGAGAGGGGGUGGAGGAGGAAGGACAGGGUCAGGGGGAACGAAUACGCGGGUGAUGACGGGGUNGCGGUCCGCUUCUCCUGGUAGGUCAGAUGGUGGAUAUGGGGGAAGGGUGAUGACGGUGGAGGACAUGGAUUACGAGGACGAAUGUGCAGAGUUUCAGAGAGUCUAUGACAUUCACGCCGCGCCUCGCACAAACAGCCAAGCGACUGAUUGCCCUUUCUUCGCGUGGUUCACGUCUGUCGAGGAAAAGGACAGGCACAGGCGGGCGUUCGGAUUAAGGUGUUUGAACUGUGGCAGUGAGGGACACUUUGUGCGGGAUUGUGACAAGGGGUACAUUAACGCCUCGAACAUGUUGAACAAAAAUUUGGCAACCGGGUCAAAGGCCGAAGUGAAGGCAAGGUGGGAUCGAUGGUUGCAUCGCCUGAGGCAAUGGCAAGCACAUCGGAUGGAGGAGAGGAGGAGGGUAAGGAAUAACUGAUGGUGCGACGGUCAGUUGGCCAGCUUGCCGGUAGCACCUUGGCCGAGCUGCCCUGUGGGUGAUGAGGCAGAGAGAGAAGAGAGGAAGGAGGGAGAGGUGAAGGGAAAAAGGAGUGAACGGUAUUGCGAAGUUGAAAACAAUUCUCGCGGAGCGGAGGUGAAGAGUGGAAGGGGUGAAAAAUAUUACGAGAUUGAAAAGAAAUCUCGAGGAGCGAUGGUGCAGGGUGAAGGAGGUCCCGGGUAUUGUGAUGACGAAAAUAAAUAUCGCGGGCAGAAGGGAAGAAAGCAGAGCCCAGGACCGGGAUCAAAACAGAAUCUCGGGGAGGCUGAAUUGAAGCGAAAACAAUCAUUACGCGAGAACAUCGCAGACGACUCGGCGGGUGGGAUUGUUGAGGAGGAGGGGGGCCGAUCGGUGGUGCACAACACCGAGGGUGAUGGCCUCGCGACGGGGAUCGUCUCGUCCAACCACGGGAUUUUCCAGAAGUAGGGGUGCCGAACACGCCCCCUUCGUCAGAUCAAACGAAGUCUAGCAUUGGCAGAAUGGGAAAUGUUACUGACAAUGCAACACCAGCGGGGAAUGCGUUAAACACUCAAAGGAAGGAAAUACGCAAGGCAAAUUCUCCGACAACAGUGAAGUGUCCGCUGUAUCCUCAAGCGGAACACACAGUUGGUCGAAAUGGAGCCAAAAAGGGGUCGAUUAAUAGGGACACUAGAAAGGAAAAAAGCGUUACCGUUCAUCGUG